AUGGAAGAGAUAGCCCCGGAAUACGAUGUCGUCGUGCUUGGCACCGGUCUGACAGAGUGCAUUCUGUCAGGCGUGGAGUCUGUCAAAGGCAAGAAGGUGCUGCAUAUGGACCGCAACGACCACUAUGGCGGCGAGGCAGCGUCCGUCAACCUGGAGGCCAUGUUCAAGAAGUACGGCAACUUCGACAACGGCACUGAGCCGUGGAAGAAGUAUGGGCGAUCCAACGAUUGGAACAUCGACCUCGUGCCCAAGCUCCUGAUGAGCAAUGGCGAGCUCACCAACAUUCUCGUCUCCACCGACGUCACGCGCUAUAUCGAGUUCAAGCAGAUUGCUGGCAGCUACGUGCAGCAAGGAAGUGGUGCUAAGGCAACCGUCGCCAAGGUGCCCAGUGAUGCUGGCGAGGCCUUGAAGAGUCCGCUGAUGGGCAUCUUCGAGAAGAGGAGGGCGAAGAACUUCUUGCAGUGGGUUGGCAGCUUCGAUGAGAACGACCCCGCCACGCACAAUGGCAUGAAUCUCUCGCAAACGACCAUGAAGCAAGUCUACGACAAGUACGGCCUCGAGGCAACCACUCGCGACUUUAUCGGCCACAGCAUGGCCCUCUACACCACCGACGACUACAUCAACGCCAAGGGCGCGGCCAAGGAUUGUAUCGAGCGCAUCCGGCUCUACGUCAACAGCAUGGCCCGCUACGGCAAGAGCCCCUACAUCUACCCACUUUACGGUCUAGGCGAACUGCCCCAGGGCUUCGCACGCCUGAGCGCAAUCUACGGAGGUACUUACAUGCUCAACACUAUCAUUGAUGAGGUCAAGUACGAGAAUGGCAAGGUUGCAGGCAUCCGCGCGACCAUGAAGGAGCGAGGGGAGGAGGGUGAAGGCAUGAAGUUCGAAACCAAGUGCAAGAAGAUCAUUGCCGAUCCAUCAUACUUCCCAGACAAGGUGCGAGUGGUCGGACACUACGUCAAGGCCAUCUGCAUUCUCAACCACCCCAUCGACAAGACCGACAACGCCGACUCGCUGCAGCUGAUCAUCCCACAAUCCCAAGUCGGCAGGAAGCAUGACAUCUACAUCGCCAUGGUGUCCUCGAACCACAAUGUCUGCCCCAAGGGCUACUACAUUGCAAUCGUCAGCACCGUCGCCGAGACCUCCGCAAACCACCAUCUCGAGCUGCAGCCAGGUCUUGAACGUCUUGGCAAGAUUGAGGAGCAAUUCAUGGGUCCACCAAUCCCCAUCUACGAGCCAAUCGAUGAUGGCGCAAAGGACAAUGUGUUCAUCAGCAAGAGCUACGACGCCAGCUCACACUUUGAGACCAUGACUGACGAUGUCCGCAACCUGUACCAGCGUACGGAAGGCGAGCCUCUCGUGGUAGAGGGAUUGAAAGAUGGCCAGAACUUGGUUGGUGGUGAAGAGUAA